ACAGACUGAGAGAGAGAGACAGACAGAGAGACAAAGAGAGAGACAAAGAGACAGAAAGACAGAGCGAGACAGACAGAGAGAGUAUACUACUGAACUGUGUCUCGUCGAGGAACAGACAGAGAGAGAGACAGAAUACUACACGUGUCUGUCUGACCGUGUGUCAUGCGUUACCAUGACUAGAGAAGCACUCAUCAAACUCUUCAUCCUCAUCCUCCUCGCCUUCAUCAUCUGUCUCCCAGAGUUCUUCACUUCACACAGAGCGAGGGUAAACUUCCACUGUGUGACCUUUGACCCCUGCGGGGACCAGGAAGUGCCAACGCAGUGCGACCCCGGGCUGACCCCUGCGGGACAGAACUCCAACCGGAGCGUCGAGGAGAAGCCCGUCUGUAACACCGGGAGGACGGGAGGUUCUGGAGUGAGCUGGUUGCUGUGUGACACGGAGACGGACCCGCCCGCUCUCCGUGGCAACGCCUCGCUGUCAGGAAGGAGGGUGUCGCUAUCAGUGUUGUCUGAAGGAGGGAACGCGACUUUGUACGGCUUCCUGACAGAGGAGAAGAAAGAGGAGAAGAAAGAGGGGGAGGAAGAAGGACAAGGAUUCAUCUACUGCUGUUUUCGAACCCCGCCUCUUUCCAUACCAACCAAUCACAGCCAGUGUCUCCUUCAUCUCCACACCCAAGGAACCAAUGAGACAGCUGUAAAGUCUGACCUGCCCUGGACACGGCCACCUAGAAGUGAGUGGUUGUGUGUCUUCAGGGUGGCGUGGUUGGUCCUGGUGGUUGUGGUCAUGUUGACCGUCCUCACCACGGUCCUGGGUCUGAUCUACUGGAGGACUCGCUGCUGUCGAAAGGAGCCCAGAGUGUAUCCAGCCAGUGUGUUCCGGACCAGAGGAUUCAACACGGACCUCCCUGAUGUCUCUGUUUCACUACAUCACUCCUCAGGUACCUCUCUCUCCCCCAUCCCAGAGGAGCCCAGUAGGUUCCAGACCAGAGGAUUCAACACGGACCUCCCUGAUGUCUCUGUUUCACUACAUCACUCCUCAGGCCUGUUGUCACCUAUUCAUGAAGAGAAGACUGCAGAAGACGAGCCUCGUCAGGGUUACUACGGUAAUGACACAGCGCUCCACCACCGUGGCCACCCUCUCCACUCAUCCCUUUCUCCCGAAGAGCUCUAGAUGAACAGAGCAGAAGACAGGAACACCAAGACAUUACUUCCUUUUAACAUCUUGACAGUUUUUUUUUUUUAACAAAUGAAUGGUGUCCCUGAAUGCGGUCCCUGAAUGCUGUCUUGAUGGGGGGGGU